UGUUGUCGCAGCUAGGCUGUCAGCUUACCAGGCCGGGCUUCCUGCCUAGCUAGGCCUACCUAGGAAGGCUGCAACACGGCGACCAGGCAAUUGCCCGGUUUUGCAACUGCAACUUUCACCAUACCGAAACUAGAUUGCAGUUAAAAUUGUAGGAUAUAGGCUUCUGCGGCUUUUGUGUCGAACAUGCUACUACAGCCGUUAACAAGCCUCUGCCAGACACCUCUUGGUGGUGUUGUUCUGGCCUUUGUGGUAAUCAUCACCUGGCUGGGAUCGUAUCCAUUUCAAAGAUGGAGGCUACGGCGCUUUCCAGGCCCCUUUGGCCUGCCCUUCCUGGGCAACCUGCCUGAGAUUGCCUCAAUGGAUAUGACCGCCUACCUGCAACAUGUGGCCAGGAAGUAUGGGCCUGUUUGCAAGAUUUGGGUUGGCAGCCGCCCUUGGGUGGUGAUCAGCGAUCCGGACCUCGUGCGCAAGCUGGCCUACCAGUGCACCGCGCGUCCCUCCGACGGGUCCUCCUACCUGCAUGUCAUGACCGGGGAGAUCCGAGAUAUCGAUCAAGCGGGAAUCCUGAUGGUCAAGGGUGAGGCCUGGCGCCGUGCUCGGAGGGUGUUCGAGGCAUCCAUCGUGCACCCGGCCAGCCUGGCUUCCCACCUUCCCUCCGUGAGCCGCUGCCUGGCCCGCUUCCUCCCCCUCCUGGAGCGACACGCGGCGGGGGCGGCCGGGGGCGGCCGCAGCGACCCAUGGGACGCUUGCGGCCAGCUGGGCAACCUUAUGCUGGCGAUGGUGGGGGAGAUCGCGUACGGGGUCGAUUUCGGCGCUCUUCCUGCGGAUGAAACCCCCAACGGCUACACCAACCGCAGCAAUUCCAUCACCGACUCCUUCCCCUCCUCCUCCGCUGGUUCCGCCCUGGCGUCUGCCUGCAAGGCCACCUUCGACACCAUGCGCCUCGAGAACGCCAGUGCCUACCUGCCGCUGCAGCUGGCCCUGCCCGCCCUGCAACCGCUCAUCCGCGCGGCCGCACGACUGCUGCCCGACCGGCGGCAGCGCAGGGCCAUGGCUGCUCGCAGCGCGGUGGCUGCUACCAGCCGCCAUCUCAUGCGGGCCUGGCAGCAGCAGAGGGAGAAGGAG